AAACAGUUGAUGAACCAAGCCAUGACUACAGAAGAUUUCAGCUUCCCUACCAUCACUGACUCCUAUCCAUAUAGCAUUGAUUCGCCACCCUUAUGGCAUCCUUCUCCUGCUGCAUCACCUGAUGUUUUCCAUUAUAAAUCCAUGAGAGAACGCGAAAGAGGAGAGAAAGAAGAUGAUGAUCGUGAUUGUUUUGGUACAGAGGAGAAGCAGAGGAAGAGCUGUUCAUAUAUAGAGAAAGGGUCAAAGAUGUCAAGGAGAGUAGGGAAUGCUGAAGAUGGGACUGAGAAAAUGGACCUGUUGUGGGAGAAUUUCAACGAGGAACUUUCCAGAAGCCGCAGUUCAAGGAUGGACUAUGGUGAUAUGAUGGGAUUGGGUUGUGUUCAGGCCUUGAAGCUGUCCAAAACCAGUGGUGGAAUGUUUUCUCCAAAGAAGCCAAGCGUGGUGGUAUUAUUCAAGUCCUUCAGAAAGCUCUUCUUGCUUCACAGAUCACACAACAGAGGUUAGCAGAAAUUACAUUAAAAAAUUGUUCAUUGUAUGGUGUAUAAUAUCACAAAUCCAAGAAGAAACCAUAAAAGAUUGGGAAGUAU